ACAGAGAUCUUGCAAUUAAACAUUAAUCCAGUUUUUCAGGACACCAUUAUGAUUUUAGGUCCUCUCCACAUCCCCAAAACAUGCACGUUAUUGUGUGUUAGGUGUGUUAUUUGUCAAUAUGUGCCAUCGAGAUUGGGUGGCGACCAUUCCAGGGCAUACACCGCCUCAACGUCAGCUGGGCUUCGUGCCAGCUUGUGAGUACAAUUUGAAGAGAAAACAAUGAUGGAUUGAUGAAUGGCAUGAUAAGUGUGCUAACAAAACCGGUUCCCACGACAGCUCAUAAAGAGCUCAUAAAAAAAAUCCAAGGCACUUUUACAUAUGUCCUUACAGUACAGGAUAGCGACAGGACCAUGGUCGUCAUCAAGUUCGUUCUCAAGCAGCUUCUGGGGCAGACCUGCACCCGUCGGUCUCACCGACCCAGAACUCUCAUAUACUGCGGGGUCCUCGUCCUUUUUGUGGUGUCCAUCCACCAAAUAGGAGAGAAAUUGGAAAAGCAGAGUCUGGAUCAGUCUCGCCACACGGUAUUUGACAUUGACAACAACACCAAGGAAUGCAAAUCGUUCCACAGCAGAAACUGUACGCCAAUGCCCAUCGAUCUGGUGUACACGUGGGUGAACGGUACAGACGAGACCCUGCUGAGGAAUCUUUUAGUGGCCAAACAGCAGCUGGCGGAGGAAGAAAACGCUAAGAGAAAGAAGCCACAAUGUCCGCUGUCUAACUGCAUUUCAGCACCCAUGCUGGUGCUCGAUCCCGCCCUGCCGGCCAGGUUCGAUGUGAAAGAGUUGUCCAUAAUCGCACCCUCCCUCUCGCUCGCAAAGGCGCUGAUGGAGUUCAAUAAAUCAUCCCAAACAUCUGAAGCCGUCUCCGUGGUCAUCUUCCACUCACAGAUUGACGCUGAAAAGGCACUGACAGACAUGCUCAAUCAAAACAAGCCAUUCUCCAUUACCAAGUGUUACCUGACCACAAACAAAGAUCCUCCGGAUGUAAUCCAAAUUCAGACUGUGGCCUACCUGACCGGCUUCGUAGGCUCCUUUAAAACAUCAGAGGAGCUGCGAGACAAAUUACCUGCCGUCAUCACCAACAACAUCAAUGGGUUUGAGUUGUACAGCGAGGCCCGUAUCGCUCUGCUCCACUUCAGAAGUUCACAAAACUUGACUGAUCUCCUUGAGGAGGCAAAACAGGGAAAAGAGAAAAUGACACUGGAUGGGAAGGAGCUGGUCAUCAGUCCUGUGUACUUAUUCUGGGACCUGAGUGCCAUCGUCAAGUUUGUGCAGAUGCAGCCCGUCCCUACAAAAAAAGAGACCAGAGAUUUUCUCACAGCCAAUCGCUUCGAGGACAAUGAUGCACUCCGACAUUCUCUGCGCUCUGUGGAGAAAUUCGCUCCCUGGGUGCGACACAUCUUUGUCGUCACUAACGGACAGAUUCCUUUCUGGCUCGACCUGAGCAAUCCUAGACUUUCAAUUGUCACACAUAAGGAAAUCUUUCUGAACCACAGUCACCUCCCCACCUUCAGCUCACGCGCCAUCGAGAGCCACCUCCACCGCAUUCCGGGACUGUCACAGAAGUUUCUUUACCUAAACGACGACAUGAUGCUUGGCAAAGACAUCUGGUUGGAUGACUUCUACACCUCAUCAGAUGUGCAGAAAGUUUAUGUCACCACGACUGUUCUCCCUUGUGCCCGCAACUGCCCAGGGACCUUGAUCGAGAACGGGAAGUGUAAUCCCAAUUGCAAUAACGCUGCCUGUGAUUGGGAUGGCGGAGACUGCAAAGCAAAACAGAGGUCUAGACGCAAUGUUGGUUUAUGGGGGGGCUCUACAACUAUUGGUGGUGAGCUUCCUCAAGCCAACACGCCCGAGGCCACCAACCAAAAGCAAACGCUUCCACUAAAACUACCAAUCUUGUCGUUGGAUGAGAGUGAGGACAAAGGCGGCCCCAACGUGAAAGCGUCUGGUACUGAUAAAGCUGAAGAUGCUGAAGAUCUACAGAGAGUGCUAUUGUUUGAGAGCAAUAGUGCCGCCAUUGGCCGGAAGCUGCUAAGCAGUUUCAGCGAAUCGCUACGCUUCGUUGACAGGCUGUACAACCGCAAGUUUGGCAUCAAAAGCCGAAAAUCUCCUGCACACACACCCCAUUUGUUUGACAAGUCAAUCAUACAAGAGCUAAAAGACACAUUCCCAAAAGAGUUUGAGAGGACCUCCAGCAACAAAUUACGUCACUCCGAUGACAUGCAGAUGUCCUUUUCCUACUAUUACUUCCUGAUGAACGUCGUACACAAGGUCGACGUUGCAGAGGCGUUUGACACGGCUGACAAAGAUCACUCUGGCAUUCUGUCCAAUAGUGAGUUUCAAGAUUUCGGCACUGGAAUCCAAAAGCAGCUGAUCAAUCCUGCGAACUUUGAAGAUUUGAAGAAGGAGUUGAUCACCUGCUGUGAAACACUUCCAUCAGAAGUCACUGGUAUUAUUCAGGUGAAACCCUGUCAGGUGACCGACCAUGACGAAGACAUGCCUCCCAUCACGAAAAGCCUAGUCCUGAACUGUAAACCUGUCACCGAUCGCAUUUACAAAGGCACGAUGUACAAAUAUCAAGUCAUGGGGCAGCAGGACACACAUUACAAGUAUAUUACCAACAACAUCGCCAACGCCGGUCGUGAGUUUAAAGAUGUUCUGACCCAUCCCAAAAAGUUCAUCUGCAUCAAUGAUGGAAUAGAUCACACUGUAAGCGCAUCCAAGGAAGUGAAAGCAAAGCUGGCAAAGUUUUACCAAGACAUGUUCCCGCAGCCUUCUACCUUUGAGCUGCCCAAAACCAAAUCCAACAGGAUUUUGUACAGAGACGAGCUUUGGGAAUGGCAAGCCUACCAAGAGAAGUUGAGGUUCUAUAAAUACUGUACCAUUGGAGCCCUGGUCGUCUUGAUUCUCAAGUUCCUCUUCCAAAAGGUCAGAAAUCCACACGUUUGCUGAUACAUUUAUGGAUAAGCCGUCACGGCGCCACCGUUCUCCUUGCAGAUGACUGACUUGAAACGAUUGAAGCGUUUAAAUCACAAGGUUUAUACUGCUCUGUGUUGUGUUUAUUGAGGUAGAACACGACAUAUCUGAAACUCCCGUAAUUUAUCCUUUGUGUUUCCUCGCACCCUCCCAUUUAUCAAUCCAUAACGUGACCUGUCAAUACAAUAACCAGUGGUACUUACACUUUAGACAACAUAAAAUCUUACCUUGUCAACUAAAUUGGCAGCUUCCAGUAAUUUCAGUUUGGUCUUCUCGAGACUGCUCCCAUGUUUGUCAAACUGAAAGCCACAAUAACCACAUGUGGUUAACAGCAACACACACACACUCAUACACAUAACAGUGAACAAAUUAACAUUGAAAAAGAAACUCCCAACUGUACAAAUGACAAACAAGAUGUGAAUCAGCGCAUAAACAAAGAAAAGAAACACAUUUCUUCGGUUUCUAUGCCAGUGUGAAAUGGAGCAAACACAUGAGACGUUGUGUUAAUAAAUAUUUUUAUCCCUCCUAUGAAUACUGAAAAUUGUAAAUGAAUCUUCAAAAGCGUUGACAACCACUAAUGUAAGUGACUUGUGUCCAUAGUCCAUGUCCAUUACACAACAUGUAAGCAUGCUCACCUCAGCCUUGUCUGCCACCAGCAACAGCUCCACAUAUUUCAUAUUCUGACUCACAUCUCUUCUUUCCUUUAAACGACAGGUGUGAUGUUCAUGUGCGGUAUCUCUGGUGUUACGACUCGUUACAACACUCACCCUUAUCCUUUGUGGUGAUGUCAUCCCAUGGAGGAACUUUUUCAGCUCCUUGUUUUGGUGCUGCAGGCAGUUACUUGGAGGUAGAGUGACACUUUCGGCUCGGAAAAUAGCAUGCUGAGGCGUAUCCGUGGAAACGGGUUCAAUGAGGUAGCUGACGCUUGUGUUUAGAGAAAUGAGUCCCCUGUGGAAACAAAGAAGGAUCCAUCAAUGGGUCCAUCCAAGUUAGCACAUCAAUGUGGAUCUGUGUGCUCUUCUACCUAAAAUGUGUCACUGUCUAACUACUGAAAAAAAAUAUUUCAAGAAGUCAAGAGUGGUGCACUGACACUUUGUACAAAUGAUUUUGUGAUCACAAGAGUAAAGAGUAAGUGUUUGUGUUGACAGUUUUUUUCUUCCAUUAUAAAACAAUGGCACAGUUAUGGCCAUCCAUGACUGCAUCUUGAGUACCUUUGUUUCCAGCCGUCUUAGAAAGCGGGCGUUUCUCACCUGAGUCCUGCACAUGUGCUGACAGCGACGCUGGAACCUGGAACACCCAAAACCUCUCCGUGGUACAAGCAGUGAUUCUAGAAUGCCAAAACAAUCUGCUAUCAACAUGGAGCUCAUUCAUGUGUAAUAAAAUCAUCUGAAUUCUCAUCACUGGAA